AUGCAUAAGAGCGCCAAACGGCAACAGUGUGGUAUCACUGUAGCUGGAGGAAAUCGACAAGGCAAUGGAAUCAAUCAACUCUCAAACCCAUCGGGUUUGUAUGUUGAUGAUGAUCAAACAAUCUAUGUUGCUGAUCGAGUGAAUCAUCGUAUUGUGGAAUGGAAACGAGGUGCAACAAGUGGCCAAGUGGUUGCCGGUGGAAAUGGACAAGGAAGUGGAGAUCAUCAAUUGAAUUACCCAGAAGAUGUGAUUAUCGACAAAGAGAGAGAUAGUCUCAUCAUAUGCGAUCGUUCGAAUGAAAGAGUGGUUCGAUGGCCUCGUCGAAAUGGGACAAGUGGAGAAACAAUCAUCUCCAACAUCGAUUGUGUAGGUUUGACAAUGGACGAGAAUGGAUCUCUCUAUAUCACUGACUUCGGAAAAAAUGAAGUGAGACGAUAUCGAAGAGGAGAAUCUCAAGGAACUGUGGUUGCAGGUGGCAAUGGAUAUGGAAAUCGUCUCGAUCAACUCUAUUACCCACAAUACGUAUUCGUCGAUCGAGAUCAUUCAGUGUACGUAUCUGAUGGGAGAAAUCAUCGUGUGAUGAAAUGGAUGGAAGGUGCAAAACAAGGCAUUGUCGUGGCUGGUGGUCAAGGAGAAGGAAAUGAUCUUACACAAUUGUCAUAUCCUCAAGGAGUCGUUGUCGAUCAAUUGGGCACUGUCUAUGUGGCUGAUCGAUGGAAUGAUCGAAUCAUGCGUUGGCCUAAAGGAGCCACACAAGGAAGUGUCAUUAUUGGUGGAAACGGUAGAGGAGAACAAUCGAACCAACUCCAUUGGCCCGUCGGUUUGUCAUUCGAUCGACACAGUAAUCUCUAUGUCGUCGAUUGGGGAAAUCGUCGAGUACAAAAUUCAGUAUUGAUUCUGAUGUAUAAUAGGUGUUGCCAGUAGAUCCAGAUAGAGCCUAGGUGAGGUGGCAUUUGACUAGGAUGAGUGUGAAUCAGUAUAGGAGUUAAACCUUUGUUGACAAAGUUCAUAGUUGAGAAAAAUGCAAAAAAAAUUCAACUCUUUUCAGUCUCAGAGUAUAAAGAAGCUACACAUGUUUUAUAGUUAUUUUUCAUUAGACAAUUUGUAAAAACUAGUACUUAAUUCCUUGGAAUGAAACAAUAAUGAAUGCUCUAGAAUUCUCCAGAACUAGCUGUAAGGGAGAUGUACAGUCGUUUAUUGGGAAAGUUUUGAUUGAUGACCAAAGCUCAUAUAAAAAGAGAAAGCAGAACUUUCUAUUCAUUGUUCAGAAAGUAAAAACAAAUUUUAGAAACGUUGAUGAACAAAUCUUCAUUAACUCAAUUGUUAGGACAUAUGUAUGUCGUUGUGUCUAAAGGAAGAUGCUGAUGUUACAAUGAGACAGCUUGUUCAGUAUUUAGUUGCAUAAUAUUUAGUUUUUGUGAUAUUUCUCUUUAUGUUAGAAAAAUAUAAAAAUUGUUUUCUGUUGUUCCAUGAAAAUCUUGUAUAUGUUUUGAAAUUAAUAAAGUUUACCAAGUAAAAUUUCUGUUGAAAUAUGACCAAACUCAGUAAAACUUAUACGAAGAACCACAUACGAGCGCGCGCAAGUUAUUUAUGAUGAAUGUCCUUGUCUAAAAUAAGCUAAUUUAACAGCUUACUUGAAUUAAAUUUAGCAGAAAUAGUUUGGGACUAAAAGGAUUAAGAUGGCUAUAACUUUGUUUAUAAGUAAAACCCAACAUGAUGACUAUCAACUGCAGAUAUAGCUUUCAAUCACAGUUGUAUCUAUGAACUGAGGUUAUAACUAUCAUUCAUUUUAACUUGAUUAACGUUUUAAUUAAUUGAAUAGUUUUAUUUAUGUGGAAUUAAUAAUUACUUUGAUUUCAUCGAGAUGCCUGAUAGACUAAAUUAAAGCAUUUAUAAUCUGUGGAUCUUUUAUUGAAGAAACUAGUAUUUAUACAUUAUUCUUUAAGAGGUUUUUUUCUGUAUUCAUUUACAAGUUACAUAUUUUUGUAUUUGCGCGCCGACUAAGAAUGAAAUAGUGUAUUUUUUCAUAAGAAACAGAGCAGCCUUUAUUUAACGUUAACAGCUGCGCAUGUAACACAAAAACCACAAUCAUUUGUAUCUAUGGUAUAUAUAUAUAUAUAUAUUGAACAUGAUUUAAAACAAGUAACAUUCGUCGGUAUGACUCGCUUUAUCCUCGACUAAAUAUUCGGCUGGUUCGCUAUUUUAUACUUCUUUGCAGCUCUCAACAAAGCUAUUAUCCAACAUUUGAAAAAGUAUGUGUGUGGAUGCUGAUACUAGUGUCAGUCUCCUGGUGCAUGGUGGUAUGUGUGCCCAUGUAAGAAUUUUUGUCAUAAACUCAUCUCAUCAAACUGGUAUCCACACAUCGAUACUCAACAGAAAUCUAAAUGAACUAUACACGCAGCAGCAGUAUCCACACACACUAGAAAAAAGAGAUUAUAUUCAAUU